AUGGCCGGACCCGUCAGACAACCAAUUGAUCUCCCGGCUCUGGAGAAAUAUAUCGAGACGCAUGUUCCAGAAAUCACCACCCCGAUUGAGAUUACACAAUUCGGAUUCGGACAAUCAAAUCCUACAUACCAACUGCAGUCUUCCAAUGGGUACAAAUACGUGAUGCGCAAGAAACCCCCGGGAAAACUCGUCUCGAAAACGGCGCAUCAGGUUGAGCGCGAAUACCGCGUCAUUCAUGCGUUGGGGAAGACGGAUGUGCCGGUCCCGAAAACGUAUUGUUUGUGUGAGGAUGAGGGGGUGAUUGGUACACCGUUUUAUAUUAUGGAAUUUUUGGAUGGGAGGAUUAUUGAGGAUCCUGGGAUGCCGGGAGUGAGAGAGGUGGAGAGGAGAGAGAUGUGGCACGAUGCUAUCCGUACUCUAGCCAAACUCCAUCGAGUGGAUAUAUCCGAAGCCGGCCUGACGAGUUUUGGCAAAGCAAACGGAUUCUACGAUCGCCAGAUUAAAACGUUUGGGACCAUCAGCGCCGCGCAAGCUUCGACGGUGGAUAUCGAGACCAAGAAACCCGUGGGUCAGAUUCCACAUAUUGACGAGAUCUUGGGAUUUUUUAGAGACAAGAAAUAUCAGCCACAAGAUCGAGGAACAUUGGUGCAUGGCGAUUAUAAAAUUGAUAAUCUCGUUUUUCACAAGACGGAACCGAGGGUGAUUGGGAUUCUGGACUGGGAAAUGUCCACCAUCGGCCACCCCCUCUCCGAUCUCGUCAACCUCCUCUCCCCACACAGCGUGCGACACGAAAAAAAAUUCGCCUCGCUCCCGCAAUUUCGCGACGAGGACAUCCCCGGUCUGCCCGCGCAAUCCGAACUCCUCUCCUGGUAUCGGGACACGGCGGGCUGGGAUCCCGAGCCCGAUUUGUCGUGGGGCGUCGCGUUUGGUUUCUUUAGGAAUACGUGUAUUUAUCAGGGGAUUGCGGCGCGCUGGGCCGUGAGGCAGGCGAGUAGUGCGAUGGCCGAGGUGCAUGCGCGGGCGAGGUGGCCGAUGGGGGAGUUGUGUUGGAAGUUUGUGGGGGUGGCGAGGAGGGGGAGGGAGGAGGGCGAGGGGGAGAGGGAGAGGGAGAGGGCGAAAUUGUAG